AUGACUCGUGGCGGUGAUGGCGGCUACUGGGCCGACGACACGCUACAUAUCCUUGGUGCCCGGCAUCUCGACUACUGCGCCGUCGUCACCGCGCUCAUUGAUAGACGCGCAGCCCCGUUGACGGCUCCCACAGACAAACAAACUGAGCCAACGCGCUGGCUUACUCCACUUCACUCACUACGCCUGCUUCUGUUGGUAUACGAGAACAACGAAAAUGCUGCCUACGACGACGACGGCGAUGAAUUCGCGGACUGGGAUAUUGGGGUGUUUUUGUUUGGAUAUGACCAAGGAGUCAUGUCGGGCCUCAUUACGGGUCCACAGUUCCUUGCGUUUUUCCAUAGGCUGAGUUCGUUCCAGCUUGGGACGAUGGUUGCUAUAUUGGAGAUUGGGGCUUUUUUGACUUCGAUCCUCGCCGGGCGUAUAGGAGACAGCAUCGGGAGGAGGAUGACUCUGUGUAGCGGUGCGGUGUUGUUUGCGUUAGGAGGUGCUAUUCAGACAUUCGCGAUGGGGUAUGAGAUUAUGCUUGUUGGGAGGAUAACGAGUGGGUUUGGUGUCGGGUUGUUAUCGACGAUUGUGCCGAUAUACCAGAGUGAGGUUUCACCGCCGACGCAUCGAGGCGCACUUGCGUGCAUGGAGUUUACGGGGAAUAUAUUCGGCUACGCUAUCUCAGUUUGGACAGAUUACUUCUGUUCUUUCAUAGACUCCAAUUUAUCAUGGCGAAUACCUCUGUUCGUUCAAGUCGUUAUUGGUCUCUUCCUUGCUGGCGGGUCAUUAUUCAUUCCAGAGAGCCCUCGAUGGCUCAUUGAUACUGGGAAAGAUGACGAAGGCAUGCGAGUACUUGCGGACCUUCAUGGCGGGGACCUUGAGGACCGUAUAGCGAAGGCGGAGUUCCGGGAGAUCAAGGAUAAGGUCAUGUCAGAGCGCCAUUCUGGUGACAAGAGAACUUACAAGGCGAUGUGGAAGCGAUACAAGCGGAGAGUGUUAUUAGCGAUGUCUUCACAGGCUUUUGCUCAACUGAAUGGGAUAAACGUUAUUUCAUAUUAUGCUCCUAGAGUGUUUGAAGAGGCUGGAUGGAUAGGCCGAGACGCAAUUCUUAUGACUGGGAUCAAUGCAAUUAUCUACCUUCUUAGCACAAUACCUACUUGGUACUUAGUGGAUAGAUGGGGACGUCGUGCUAUCCUUCUGUCUGGAGCAGUUGUCAUGGCUAUUGCGCUCACCGCGACUGGCUGGUGGAUGUGGAUUGACGUACCUGAGACACCAAAAGCAGUCGUCGCUUGUGUAAUCGUCUUCAACGCUGCGUUUGGAUAUAGCUGGGGACCUAUUCCUUGGCUAUACCCGCCAGAGAUCAUGCCAUUAAACGUGCGCGCUAAAGGUGUAUCGAUAUCAACCGCUACGAAUUGGGCCUUCAAUUAUGUGGUUGGCGAGAUGACACCUGUGCUGCAAGAAGCCAUUGAGUGGAGGCUGUACCCCAUGCAUGGAGCAUUUUGUGUUGCCAGCUUCUUCCUUGUGUUAUUCUUCUAUCCUGAAACGAAGGGCGUUCCUCUAGAAGAAAUGGACGCUGUGUUCGGAGAAGACGAUACCAAAGACUAUCCUAUGCAGGACGUUUCAGAACAGGUUGCACUCGUUGGUCGCGGUGAGCACGAGCAGGAUGACGACGAGGCAACACUAGCACCUCGGAAGUAUUCACAGGAGGACGACACUGAAAAUGGGACGUGGAAGGUUUACUCAACUUCUCGUUCAGGACAUCGCAGCGGACAUAGUAAUAGAGGCAGUUAUGCAUCACUAGUAGAUGAAGAGGCUUGA